AUGUCAAAUUGCGAUAAGGGUGAUGAUAGAGGUGAUAAAGCAUCACAGAUAGCUGGUGAAAUCUAUGAAGCAGCAAGCCUCAUAGCAAUUCCAUUCUCUAAAUUCGUACCAAUUAUAAACGAUAUUGUGAGUUUUACUGAUGAAAUAACAGGAAUAUAUCAGUCUGCGGAACAUAAUAAACGAAUUAGUCGUGUAUUAGUUGAUAGAGUUGCUGCGGCUGAUUCUUCAAUUCGGUUAUUAAAAAUACAUAGAGAUGAUAAUAAAGAUUUUUUUAAUCAAGAAAAUUUUGUGGUCAUGCAAAAACUUUCUGACAACAUACAAAAGAUAAAAAAAUUUAUUGCCGAAGUAACGCAGUUAAAAGGAUUAACAAAAUAUAUUCAUGCGAAAUCCAUCGAAAAUACUUUCUUUGAAUUAACAUCCGAAUUUGAUGGAUACACAAAUACCUUGAAAUUUGGCAUCGCUAUUGACACUCAAGCUCGUACUAAACGAAUUGAAGAUGAAACAAAGAUCAUACAAGAUGAUCUCGAAGAACUUCAUCAG